CAAGUCUACAUGUGCGGCGUUGCAAACGCUCGACUUCCUUUCCCCUCUCCUCGAUCGGCUGAAAUAGUGGUGGACAAGGUUGCAUAUUCAUUGCUGUCUCAGCGUCUUCUAUUCUUGUCGUUCUUUUGUCCGAAUUCGUUCCAGCUGCGGUUCCCGCACCGUCCCACUUCGGCUUGAUCCACGCCGGAGUUCCAUCGUCAUUGUUGGUAACGACCGUGGUUUCAGCAGUUCCUGGCAUCCCCUUUCGAUAAUUUGAUCUCCGGGCUGGUCUAGGUCGUUCUUCUAGCAGACAUCUCGGUGUAUAUCCUCUUGAUUCAGGUUAUACCUCUAGUUCGUCGCGGCUGCAAUAGUGCCCAGCAGUGGACCCUUGCCUAGCCAAACCGGUGCUGUCGCUGGUGGGACAGUGUCAUUCGGACAAUCCGUCCCCUGGAAGAGACGGGCUUAUGGCAGAGAACAAACGCCAGAGUGCGGGAGCGAAAGCAUCUGCGCAAGGACCGACCGGAGGAGCUACAGGUCAGGGAACACCAGGCGCGAUGGUGCCUUUGGAAGUGGCAUUGAGCGGCGCCAUUGGCGCACGUGUCCGUAUCAGCACAGCCCCGGUCGCGUCGACGAUUGAGGGUACACUCUUUACAGCCGACCCCAUUACGAAUCUUGUCGCUGUCGACACCGCCGACGGAAAGCAGUCUCAAACAGGUGACUAUCGCAUUAUUCCGGUCUCGCGUAUCCAAUCUUUCCAGAUCCUCUCCCUCGCCCCGUCUGCGACCGCCGCCGAUGGGCCGUCCUUUGCCGACGCUAUGCCACCCCUUCACGCUCUCGACAUACGUUCCCUGAAGACUCGAGAGGCCAAUGCUAUUGCUAAAGCGCACGAGAGUGAGGCUCGCCGUGGCAAAGGUGUGACUCGCGAGGCACAGGAUAUUUUCGACGCCUUCAGUCGGACCAUGCCGGCUAGAUGGGAUGGAGCCAAGAUCAUUGUAGCGGAUGCAGUUGCCAUUGCGGCUCCGUAUCGUGUGGAUGACUGCCGGCCUCUGGUGGCCGGUGACACGGCUGCACUUGCUCGAGUGCGCAAGGUGCUUGAAAUGGAACGCAAGAAGAUUGAACUGCGCAAUGCCAGUGCCGCUAUCGGACCUGGCGCUGCUGGACAGAGAAAGGGCGGUUGAACCGUUCCUCUUUUACAGCGGAGUUGACUUCCAAUUCAUUGGCAAGUCUUGUUUUAUAUGGUAGGGUCGUGAAAGCGCGCAUGAGUGGCAUAGAUGCUCCAUCCGCACGAAGAAGAGGACGCGAAGAGCACUGGGGUGAAAGAGCAAGUGUCCCCUGGAAUGUUAACUAUACAUGGGAUUGCAGGUCUGAGGCUUUAGAAGAGUCGGAAAGAAACCAUUUGAGACGAAGAUGGUGGACUGAAGUGAUCUUGGUGGGCUGGGUAUAGAGACUUCUCUAGGGGAAUUGGGGUACGGUAGGAGUAGGACCCACUGCAUUCAGGUCUUGCAGAUCUGGCCGCUAUACACUUUGGAGGUGCGCGAGGAUGUCGGUCAGCCCUCUGCCUAGUGUAUGGUCGCUGAAGAUAUAAUUCCGAUGACUUCCAGUGGGAGGCAACAUGCAAUGGCUAUGAUAAGCAAAGUUUGCCCAGUAGCUUCAUAUUCUAGCAAAGAG